AUGUUAAUAAAGCGUGCAACGAAUCCCCACUCCCUGAAAAUAUCGCAUAUACUAGUUCUAGCGUCCUCGCCAGGAACUGUGACGCCCAAAGCGCGACGUCGAGUCAAAUUUGAUCUUCGAAUGAAAAGUUUUUCUAUUGAUAAUCCUGAAUACAAUCCCGAGAAAGAAGAACAUGAAGAGCAAGGUGCUGUUGUAAGUCAGUCAUUGGACGAUAUAAUCCUACUUAAUCGAAUAAAACCAAAAGUUGAUCUAAGACAACAACUACUGUCAAAAACGAAGAAAAGAUCUAACACACUAGCAACAGAAAAAUUUGAACGAAAACAAGGAAAAGUGUUGACAGACGAUGAGACGUAUGUUGUAUUGUACGGUUAUAUUGCCUCAGAUCCUGAUGAUAUCGAUCUAACAUUAGGUUCAACGGUAAAAGUAGUUGAUUCAUCAGAUCCCGACUGGUGGAAGGGUACUGUAGAUGAUGGAAUAAAGAUUGGAUAUUUUCCUUCAAAUUGUGUUGCAAAAAUUAUGCCAGGAUAUAAACUUGUUCGUGUUUGUCAAAGUAUACAUACUUAUCUACACAAAGAUUCAUCUGUGAGAUUGAACAAAGGACAGGUGCACUACAAAUGCUCUAUUUCAAGAAGUCAUUUUUGUACUAUUUUUGUCUUCAUCUAGAUUGUUAUCAAAACCGGUGAGGAAUAUCCUAAUAUGGCUAUUAUCAAUACGGGAAAGCAAGUAACAAGGUAAGACAGUUCUUUCAAAUUAGAGUUAGUCAUUCUACACAAUAAUCGUACUAAUAUAUGCAAUUUUAUCGUAGUGUGCCAACGAAAUAUUUGGAAUCAUAUCCUUAGCAAUAUCUUUUACAGAUAAUCCUACCAGUAGGAUACUAGAAACAAUUUGACUAAUAUUUGUUGAUUCUACCUAUAUAUUUUUGUGAACUUUUUAAUUUGCUACGUUUCUCAUAAUGCUCUCUGUUCUUUUUGCUUCUUUGUAAGCUCAACAACAUUUGUUUUCUUACGCUGCACAACUUGUGAUUAUCAGAUGUAUUCGAAAUUAUACGUUCAAUUUCGAUUCAAAUAAAUUCAAUGUUUCUUUCAAAAAGAUUAAAACUUUCCUAAAUAUUAUAGGUGUGCACGUUUUUCUUAUAAAACAUGAAACGCUUCCCUAGUGAAAGUAUUCAUACAAUGAGUACGACUUUACUCAUAAUUCGUCCAUGAGUACUCAUAUUGGUACUACUAACAAUUUCUGAGUAUUGUUACUCAGUGAGUACUCA